CUAUUUGUCAGAGAUACACUAUCUACGUCAGAUCUUCGCUUGGGUCUCUGAAGCACUACGUAUGGUUGUGACCAUAUAUGGAACCAAGGACCAUGGCUAUACCCAUAUACGGAGCCUAUAGGAUAAGAAACCCCAAAGACAGCGUCGUCUAACGAGGCUGUUUGUUAAAGAAAGCGACUCAUGCAAAAUGGGAUGAUUUAAUGUCCUACUGGAUAUAUAAAAGAGGAAAAUCUGUAGAUUUUGGUCAGUAGUUCCAGAUCAUCAGGUCGUGUUCUUCGGUGACUUCCAUUUUGCAGAGGGGUACCUGCCAGUGCAGUACUGUCUAACAAAGUCCAUAUCCUCGAUCCAAGUCGAUAUCCAACCAAGAAGUGAAGAAUUAUGGCUUCUGGCAUCAAAGUUACAGAUGAAGUGGUCGCAGCUUUCGAUGAGGUGAAACAAAAGCACACGUACAAGUACGUGACGUUCAGGGUGUCAAACUGCGAGACAAAGAUCAUCGUGGAAAACAAGGUUAAGGUAAGGCUGCUAGGGGCGCAUACCUACACAAGUUCUACCUUGCAUGAAAAGCUGUCUGCCCCCCAAAUUUGCACGGAAUACGCUAGCAAAUUGGGUAUCCGGGUUUUCAAUUUUUUUGUCUUUUUCACCAGGUGUCCAGACACCAUUAAGAUCAAGGCCAAGAUGUUGCAUUCCUCGAGCUCCGAUGCCCUUAAGAAGAAGUGUCCGGCCACCCCGAUCCAGGCCAAUGACCGCGACGAGCUCAACUUCGAUGAAGUGAGGGACAAGAUCCUCAAAACAAGCCAGUAGUGCCCCAGAUCAAAACACCAGUUCUCCCUUUUCACAGUUACCAUGAUCCUUAGCUGCAGGGACCCCCCCUCAGGUUUACAGUAGUUUCGUAAAACCGCUGGGUUCAAAUCACAAACUCGGCUUAAGUCUUAGUCUGCAGAACAAAGUCUUACCCAAGGAGUGGUUGAGUGCCUCAAUUUUGUC